GUGAUAUAUUCAUACGCUGGACAAGUGAAUCAGCUGCAGUUCUCUGAAAACACUGGACGAUAUUUUGUGAAAACUGAAGAAAAUGGCUUUGAAACGAAUUAAAAAGGAACUCCUAGAUUUUGAGAAAGACCCCCCUGCUGGUUGUUCUGCUGGUGCAGAAGAUGGAACUGAUUUAUAUCGCUGGCAGGCUGUUAUACAGGGCCCAGAGGACAGUCCAUAUGAUGGUGGAGUAUUCAGUCUCUCGAUCCAGUUUCCAACCGACUACCCAUUUAAACCUCCUAAGCUUGCGUUUUUAACGAAAAUCUAUCAUCCUAAUAUAAACAGUAAUGGAAGUAUCUGUCUAGAUAUACUCAGGUCACAGUGGUCCCCAGCUCUCACAGUAUCAAAAGUUUUAUUGUCCAUCAUAUCCCUGCUGACUGACCCCAACCCUGAUGACCCCUUGGUUCCUGAAGUGGCGAAGGUGUAUAAAGUGGACAGAAAAAAGUAUAACAAGACAGCGAAAGAAUGGACAAUGAAAUAUGCUCGAAGCUAUUGAUGUUUGUAGAGUUCAAGAGUUGAAUUUAGUAUUGUCGGAAGUCAAGGACUCAAUUCUGUCCAGAACAGUAACGAAAAACAUUUUUGAAGAUGGGAUAUUGAAUGAAAGCACGCACACUUUCCACUCACUCAGUGUACACUCAUGGCUGAUUGAUGUCUUAGCUUUUGCAGUUUGGAAAGAAUCAGUUGUCAUUUGGAGAAAUUUUCAAAUACUGUAAGUGUUGCAGGGUUAGAUAUUAACACUGGCCUGUUAGCUCAUGUCACUGUGUGAUGUUUAAUUAUGCCAAGAGCUGGUAGAAUUUAUAAAUAUUUGGGUUUACUUAUUUGUUAACACUUUUGAGCACUGUAGACUUUCCAAGUUGAUUUUUACUCCUUUGACCCCUUAAUAUGUAGCCUUACUUUCUUGAUUUAAUACUGGAAACAAACAUGUCAUGUAUAAAGACUAUUGGUUCUCUGGCAAUGAGCUUAAAGAGUUUUGUGCGUGCAGCCUCAUUUUUCAUGUUUAGAAAAAGUGUCUUACUUUGCCAUGUUGGUUUGAAAAUUAUUUUAUAGUGUGGAAGGUCUCAUUUCCAAGGUUUGUUAUGAUAAAGGAAAAAUUUAAGUUAGGACCAGUUAUCAGCCAAUAAACAAAAGGGAUGUCUCAAGAUGUCUGAAAAGAAUCUGUACAUCUGAUAAAGAUGGUGCAUUUAUUUGAAAUAUCUGACUUUGUGGUUGUAAUACAAAAUGUUAAGUAAGUGUGAAUAUGAAAUACUGCUCGUGUAAGAAUAUGUAAAGACACUAAGGCCAUAACAAAACUAUUCCAAUCAGGUCUUUCACCUUUAAUGCCUGUCUUUUUAACCAAUCGAAGCAAUGGCUGGAACCAAGGUCAUUAUGAUUUUGAGCCAAAUUGUAUUUAUGAUGGUAGAAUUUGCUUGUUUUAAACUUUGAAAAGAGAACAUAUUUUGUUUAUGAUCUGCACUAGUCAUUGGAAAUAGCACCAACUUCUUUUGAAGCACCAGUGAAAAUAUUGAAAUGGAGUGAUUUUGUGUGGUCAUUGUAAAUUAACAGUACUUUGUGUCAUCCCCAUGGUGACUAUAUGAUUGUGUUGCUCUGGUUAGUGUAUUUUCACGUUUUAUUGCACAUGAUGCUUUAAAGUAAUUACCGUAUUCGACGUAAUAAGCGCCCUGCUCUAAUAAGCGCCCAUGGCGAUAUUUGCUAAUAUAUUGGCUAGUGAACAAUCCCAUUUAGCACCCCUUCCAAUUGAUCAAUGUACACAAGAC